AUGAUCGCACACCCGGUAUUUGCAGCAUGGCUGAGCUUCGUCACAGCACUCAUACUGCUGACAAUCCACCAUGUUCGCAGAGUCAGCAUCAAGUUGCCUCCUGGCCCCAGACGCUUGCCACUCAUUGAAAAUAUGCUUGAUAUGCCGCCUAAGGGCGGUCGCAAUUGGGUACACUACACCAAGCAGAGAGACCUGUACGGUCCCAUCACAUCUCUUACCGCUCUUGGAACGACAGUCAUUCUACUGCAUGACUACAAUCUGGCAGAGGAGUUCCUAUCAAAACGAGCUGUGAUUGCCUCAGACCGACCACGGCCAUUUUUCUUGACCCAAAUGUGUGGCUGGGGUAAAAACAUUGGUUUUAUCCCGUACGAUCGCCGACUGCGAGCUAUGCGCAAGCAAAUACACGCGCUGCUGGGCACGCAGACCGCGCUGGCAGACUUCAAUCCUGUUCAAGACAUCGAGACUCGACGCUUUCUCCUACGCGUUCUGCGCAAGCCCGAUCAGUUUCUUAAAUACAUUAAGAGUGAGGCGGCUGGCAUUAUGCUGAAAACAGUCUACGGCUACGAGACCAACAGUGAAGGAAGUGAUCCAAUCAUCUUCAUCGUCGAGAAGGCUUUGGAGCAAACCUCAGUCGCUGGGCAGCCAGGUGCAUGGCUCGUUGACUAUUUUCCAGCACUGAGACAUCUUCCCGAUUGGCUACCAGGUACUGGCUUCAAGCGCAUCGCGAAGGAAAUCAGCAGGACACAAAACGAAUUUUCCGGCCGACCUUGGGCGUUUGUGAAAUACCAGAUGGCCGCGGGGAAAUAUGAGACUUCUUUCUCAUCGAGAUUGCUUGAGCGCGGCGAGGGAAAGCUCAGUGACGAAGAUGAAUACAUCGCCAAAUUUGCCGCAAAUGGACUCUAUGGCGGUGGCGCAGAUACAACUGUGGCUUCUAUCAUGACUUUCUUUCUCACCAUGAUCAAGUACCCGGAAUUUCGGAACAAAGCGCAAGCUGAGAUCGAUCAUGUCGUUGGACAAGAUCGCCUGCCCGAGCUGUCUGAUCGUGAGAACUUGCCAUACACCGAAGCAGUCAUCAAAGAAAUCUUUCGAUGGCACACCAUCGUGCCCGAAGGUCUCCCGCACCUAAGCAGCGAGGACUGCGAGUUCGAAGGAUAUUUCAUCCCCAAAGGUUCCAUCCUCGUCCCCAAUAUCUGGGCCUUCGCCCACGACCCCUCCAUCUACCACGACCCCACGACCUUCAACCCCAACCGCUUCCUCGGCGAUCCCCCCGAAAUGGAUCCACGCACCUUCAUCUUCGGUUUCGGAAGACGUAUAUGUCCCGGUAAACUGCUCGCAGAUUCCAGCGUCUUCCUCACAAUCGCUCGAGCGCUUGCUGUUUUCGAGAUUCUGCCCCCCUUGGACGAUCAAGAUCCGAAUUUCGAUCCGGAGCCGGGUUUCGUGAGUCACCCGGCAGCUUUUCAAGCGAGGAUUAUGCCUCGGACGGAGAAGGAUCGGGAGCGAAUUUUGGAAGUGGAGAGGACGGAUCCGUUUGGGAGGGGGGGUGAGGAGGAUAUGGAGAGGGUUGUGGUUUGGUGA